AUGCAUCGGGACAACCACGCGUACCAGCAAAUCCCCUUCAAGGACUCGUGCGCGUACCAGAGAGCGGCGGGCGACCCGGACGAGCUGGCGCACAACCCGCCGCCGUGCCUCUACAUGAGCCGCCAGGCGCAGGGCGGGUACCCGCUCGCGGAGCCGGCGGACCCGGCGUUUGGCCUGCCUCUCCGGGAGGACCUCGGUAUCCCCGUCCUGCACCAGCACCCGCAAACGCCGCAGCACCCGCAGCCCCUCACGCCCGUCGGCGCCGCCUACGGGACCACGGACGAGCGGAACCGCUUUCACCUCCCGUUCCCCUGGAUGAAAAGCACCAAAGCCCACUCCCACGGGUGGAAGGCGCAGUGGACGGGUCCGUACAUGAUGGCGGAGGCCGAGGAGAGCAAGCGCACGCGCACGGCCUACACCCGCGCUCAGCUCCUGGAACUGGAGAAGGAGUUCCUGUUCAAUCGCUACAUCUCCAGGCCGCGCCGCGUGGAACUGGCGCUCACCCUCAGCCUGACCGAGCGCCACAUCAAAAUCUGGUUCCAGAACCGCCGCAUGAAGUGGAAAAAGGAGGAAGACCGCCGGCGGGCCAGGAGGGGCGAGCCGGACCAGGACUCGGCCGUCACAUCCGGGGACCAGGGGGAGGUGGCGGCGGGGGCGGCCUCGCCGCCGCUCUCCCCGGACCUGCGCACGCUGGAACACGAGAAGACGCUUUUUUGA